AAGGAAAUUUAAUCUGUUACCAAAUCGUUUUCAUUAGCCUGAAGGUUCAAAUGGUAUACAUUUACGUGGUGUCAGUCAAGGGCUUAUAAAACCCACUUACAUAGAUCAGCCAGCAAAGAGUUUUACUUUAGUUAUAUUAUAGCUUUUGAGAUUGUUUAGUAGGACUUACAGUUUUAUUGUUGAAAUAUUUAAGUUGUGUCAUUGUGUGUAUUAUUUGGACAUUGUUUGAGACUUGAAAGUUUCUCUUUUAAAGAUUGCACUGUAUCUCUCGGGAAAUUUUAAAAGAUGAAUACAUUUUUUACUGCUAAAUUCGUAGUGGUUGUAUAUUUCACACUGACUGUAGCAGACGUGACUAAUUCUAAUGCUCCGACCCCCUACCAGGAUAGAGAAUGUCUCAGCACAGUACACCAGCUCCUCGAGGACAUAGAGUUUGACAGUCAGCAAGAAUGUCUGCGCGUCAUGUGCGCGCCAAAACCUAAAAGACAAAGGCCAGCAUUCCCCAUCACCAGUUUUUACAUCAAACCGCCUUGGCUAAACUCAGACAGAUCAGCCUACGUGGCAUUGGCGAAGGAAGCAUUGAACGAAUUAAAGGGUGUCUUACCUGGCCAGUCUAACAUCGUGACGGAUGAUCGUAACAACGCCAUUGGAGUGUUUCCACAGGAAAGUCAAGACAGUUAUAAUGACGACUAUAACCAACCAUUCAGCUCUAACAUUUACAAUACGUAUCUGGGUCAUUUCGGGGGUGGUUUUGGAGGUGUAAAGGAUUAUGAUUCGAGUUCUCAAAAUUAUAAUGUUAGACCAGCGCCACCAAACAACGUUGAUUCAAGCGUGUGUUGUAAAACAGUUGAACAUUACUUUAUCAACUUCACAAUGACAGAUAUCAGUGGCAUAGCAAGAACCCUGGCUCAGUUCGAACAUACUGGAUCUUUUCAAAUAGUACGGCACGGAGUGUGUGGGGCAAAAGGAGUGUGUCCAGGUACUUGUUCCCAGGUGUACGUCACCACGCAGUUGGCCAUCUUUCCCAACGAUCCAGGCCAAGUGGUGACCUACAGGUAUUUCAACAUCCCAGGUUACUGUACCUGUAAAGUUCAAGCGUAGAAAUGCCAUCCAAGAUGUCGACUCUUUGACGUUUGAAUGGCAUCAGAGAUUGGUUUGAAAAGAAUGUAUUUACAUGAAAUAUUUAUUAUUGAAUGAGUUAUUGAAUGAAUAAAAGGAAAAUGCAAGAACAAAUGCUCUAAGAUGAUGUUGUGUUACAUAAUCAAAUCAUCCAUAUGUAGGCAUAUCAAGCAAUAACUAGACUAACAAUGUAACUUGCUAUUUCUAAGAUCUAUGCCUUUAUGAGCUCUAUCAGUAUCAUUAUUUUAACUGAGGCCACAUUUUCUGGCAUUAUAGUAUGUCCAUUAUCUCCUCAACUCUUGGUAAAAGUAUGAAUUAUUCGAUAUGUUGUAACAGAUUUGGGAUUAUCAUAAUGCAUAUCAGAAUCAAGAUAUUUUUAAGGUCUUUGAAUCUUUACAUAUAUACAAUAAGGGUUGAGAAAAGGAUGUUUGGUUUCUCUAUAAAUUAAACUCUUUAAUUUAUCUUUUGUUUAGCCAUGAAGAAAGAGUGUCAGAUGCUAUAUGUUCUUAGAGUCAAUUGAUGGGCAAUGUUACAGUCUAGUAACAAAACCAUAUUAUUGUAUGUUGGGCAACUGAAUAGGUAGGCUAUAAAGCAAAGAAGUGUUUAUCAUAUCAUACACAUUCUGUCUAGAUCAGUGAUUCCCAAAGUGGUCCAUAUAGACCCCCAGGGGUCUACGAAGACCUCCAAGGGGUCUACGAAAGUAAAAAAAUAAAUUGGGGGUCUAUGAGAUGUCCACGGGGGUCUACGGUAAUAGAUUUCAUUUAAGCAGGUCGUAACUUAAUUUUCACAUUCCAUUAGUGUAAUUAUUUCAUACACUAAUAUAUGAUUUGUACCCUAGUUAAUCCUUUCAAUAUUUAUCCUGCUAUUGAAACGAAACAUUCUUGUAUUCAAUUUCAAUACUUAUUUAAAUAGCUUAAUUUUGUCUACAUGUAACUAAUAUUUAAAAAAAAAAAAGAAUGUAGACUGUACAGCGUUAAUUAUUUAAAAUUGGGAUUCCUUCCUUCCUUGUCAAACAACAGUUGCCUAAGUGACUUUUAUGACGAUAUGAAACCAGUUACGCUGGAGGAUCAUCUGAGACAAUGCCACCCUGACAAAAAUUAAGAUUUGAACAACUUUCAAACACUCAAAGUUCAGAAUAGACCCACAAAAUCUCUGUUCGACAUCAUAUAGAGAAGAUUUUGUUUUGUGAGCGUCUUACAAGAUGUCUUUACUUAUAGCAAAAUACGGAAAAAAAAAACAAAGGUCGAUAAUUGUUAUUACCUUUUUACAAAAACCUACAUCUGUUACUAUUAAAAGAAUUUCUUUAAGCGACAAUACAGUUUAAGGUCGCUUCGGUGGUCUGAGUUAUAAAAUUAAAACCUUCUUAUGUAAAUCUUUGCAAAAGAUAUUAAUACAGUUUGGUCAGACAAGGUGUAGUGCUGUGUGCUACAAACUGUCUAAUGGGCACCAUCUUAUCUCAUCUCAUCUAUGCCUGUGGUCCUUUCUGGGCAUAGGCCACCAACCAGCUUUUUCCAGGCAUCUCGGUUCUGGGCGAGACUCUCCAACUGUCUCCACGUCUUGCCCAUCUGCUUGGCAUCUGCUUCCAAAUCGCGGUGCUAUUGUAAAGCUCAAGCAGCCUUCCAUUAGCUGAAGAACACCUGGGGAUCUAGGGAAAAAGCACCACCACCAAGAUUAGGCUAUGUAACACCAUUGUUAAGCCGAUACUACUUUAUGGAGAAGAGACCUGGAGAACCACCAUCACCACCAUGAAAAAAAUCCAGGUAUUCAUCAAUAGCUGCCUGAGGAAGAUUCUUAUAAUCCGCUGGCCAGACAAGAUCUCGAAUGAGGAACAGUGGCAAAGAACAAAGCAGCAGCCCAUUGAAGUAGAUAUCCUUCAGAGACGCUGGAAAUGGAUAGGUCACACCCUUUGCCAGCCUGCAUCCAGCAUAACAUGGCAAGCCCUAGCCUGGAACCCACAAGGAAAGAAGAAGAGGGGACGGCCCAGGGAUACAUGGCGGUAAUGUUGCCGUCUCCUUAUAUUUUCUUAAGGUUGACCGACGAGACCUGGUUUAGGCUCCAGUUACUCGCCUUUGCCCCUCCGCAGAUUUAAUAUUUGAGCCACACGUGAAAGAUCAAGAAAGACACGAGAAACUGCUCUUUGCGAAACCUUUUACAAUGAUACUUAAAGCAUAUUCAUUAAUUAAUUAAUUAUUUAAUGUUAGAAAGACUAAUUAAUAGAAAAACAGAUUUGUGUAUAAAACAUUAUAUCCGUAGUUGUGUAGUUUUAAAUUACUAUUUCACUCUUCAACGCACUACAGUUAGAAAUUUGUUUAAAAAUAAUGUUGAUGAAUUUGCAAAA